AUGGCCAUGGCGAUGUCAACCGGCGACCGUGUCGUCAAGAGCAAUCUCGUCACCGGUCUCCUCCGGUUGAGCGGGACCACGCCGACGAUGACGGCAGCACCAGCGGUGGCGCCGCCCGCGUGCCUGCUCGGAAACGGCACCAAGACCGUGGUGCUCGAAGUCGACGCGCUGCUCCUCAAGUCUUCACCGCCGUCGGCCGCGACGCUGUUCCCGCCUUUCUUCCUCGUCGCCGUCGAGGCCGGCAGCUUCGCCCGGGGCCUCCUCCUGCUCGCGCUCUACCCGUUCCUGCACCUCAUGACGCACGCGAUGUGUGUAGAGGCCAUGGUCAUGGUCAGCUUCUGCGGGCUGCGGCGCGACGAGGCGGCGAGGAUCGGCAGGGCCGUGCUGCCCAAGUACUUCUCUAAGGAGGCGACGCGCGUGGAGGCGCUGGGGGAGGCGAGGGAGGCGGCGACGGGUGAGGUGAAGGCGGCGGCGGUGAGCAGGUCGUUCCCGACGGUGAUGGUUGAGGCGUUCUUGAAGGAUUACGCGGGUUUCGACGCGGUGAUCGGCAGGGAGGUCAAGGGGGGCUACGGAUACUUCGCCGGUGUAAUGGACGACGGGGAGACUGGCGCCUCGGGCGGCCGGCUCUACGCGUGCAACCACCGCACGCUCCUCGACCCGAUCGCCAUCUCGAGCGCGCUCGGAAAGCCCGUGUUCGCCGUGACGUACAGCCUGAGCCCCCUGUCGGAGCUGCUCUCGCCGAUCCCGCUGCUGCGCCUCACCCGCGGCCGCGACGAGGACCGGCGCCGCAUGUCGUCGCUGCUGGAGCGGGGCGACGUGGUGGUGUGCCCCGAGGGGACGACGUGCCGCGAGCCGUACCUGCUCAGGUUCAGCCCGCUGUUCGCCGAGCUCGCCGACGAGGUGAGCCCCGUGGCGGUGGACGAGCGCUCCACCAUGUUCUACGGCACGUCGACGUCGCCGGGCGCCAAGUGCUUCGACUCGGUCUUUUUCCUGAUGAACCCACGGCCGGAGUACUCCGUCCACUUCCUGGAGCCCGUGCGCACGGACAACCCGCGUGGCAGCAUCGAGGUCGCGAACCAGGUGCAGGGCGUGCUGGCCGGCGCUCUCGGGUUCACGCCGACGGCGCUGACGAGAAAGGACAAGUACUUGCUGCUCGCUGGUAAUGAGGGGGUCGUGUCGACCAAGACAAGCAAAGUCAUCUAG